AUGGAUCUCACCCCUCCAGCCGGCUUGGACCUGACGGAAUCCAAGCGUCCGGAACUGUAUGGAGCCUACUCCGUCACCUAUGCCUUGGCUCUCCUGGCCUUUGGUCUCCGCAUCGUGUCGCGCACGCUGAUCUCCAAAGCAGGUCUGUGGUGGGAUGAUUACCUGGUCUGCAUCGCGAUGCUCACAGCAACAGCGAAUUACGCCACCAUGAUCGACUGGGUCAAUCACGGCGUAGGGCAGCACAUCUACUUAUAUGGACUCCCGGGUCUUCAUCACUUCCUCUUGAACCUUUUCAUCGUCGAGAUUUUGUACACGCUGUCGAUCUGUUUCACCAAAUAUUCAAUCCUGAUGUUCUACUGGCGCAUCUUCGGCAUGAGCAACAUCCGGUACCCGAUUUAUCUCAUCGCUUUUGUCGUGACGGGGUGGGGCUUGGGGGUUAUUUUAACAACCAUCUUCCAGUGUCUCCCGGUGCAUGGAUUCUGGGACAAGACCAUCCCGUCGCACUGCGGCGUCAAUGUCAACAACUUUUUCAUCGGCAACGCCGUCCCCAAUAUCCUCACCGACUGGGCGCUCCUGACCCUCCCGCUGCCUUAUGUUUGGAAGCUGCAGCGUAGUGCUUCGCAGAAGCUAGCUUUGACUGGAGUGUUUAUUAUGGGUGGAUUCAUUUGCAUCAUCUCGAUCGUGCGUCUCGUCAUCAUGCUCAAUGCAUACAAGGUACCCUCGCUGGACGAAACAUGGGUCUUUGUCGGACCCUCGAAAUGGACGGCGGUGGAGACAAACAUCGGGAUCGUGUCUGCAUGCUUACCCUCGCUCCGACCGGUUAUCACACUCAUAAAGAAGACUGCCUCCAGCACGAAUGGCGCUUCCCGAGACGAGAGUUUGCAGGAGAGUUACAAACGUUACGGUAGUCUCCAUUCGAGCGGCAAGCGCGGCAAGCGACUUGGAGAGGAUGAGACGGCCCUGACGCUCACGGCUAUCUCAGUGCAGACCACGCUUGACGUGGAAUCAUCGUAUUCUGUGGUAGCUCGGUAG